GAAAACACGAUUUGCGACUGUGACCUUUUCGUUCACACUCUCAAACAAAUCUAAUAUUCAUUAGUUACCUUUUUAAACGUUGCCUUGUAGUUCACACAAUUAUCUCACGACAAUAAACCAGUUUUAUCAAUACACAAGCAUUUAUGAUACAAAUUCUUGAUACAAAACUUCAAAAAUCCCGACAAGAGCAGCCGCCAACGUUUACAAAACAGACAUGGACGAUUCAGUGUCUCUAUCGGACAAGAAAAGCUGCACUUUUUUAUUUAAAAAGAGAAAACCUAAAAAUUUGGCUGUGAGAAAACGAAGGAGCGACGAUAAUGAAAGCAGCGAGGAUGAUACUAUUGUUGUUAAAAAAGAGAAAAAGGUCGAUUGCUCAAAUCCGUUGAGGCAAAGUACAAUUAAAUAUCGGAAGCAAGCCAAGGCAGCUGAUUCUGACGACAGUGAUGAGGAAAAAGCCAUUACAGUAUCAUACAAAAGUCUUGCGACGCCUUUACCAGCUGGACCUCAAGAUCAAGGAGCAACAGCAACUUUAGAAACUGAAACCGAAGUCGACAAAGAUGCUCAAGCCAUUUUUGAGAAGGCUCAAAAAAUUAACGAGGAACUGGAGGGAAUGGAAGAUGACAAAAUAUACAGAGGCAUGAACAACUACGCUCAAUAUUUUAAGAAGAAAGAUACAGCAGCGGGAAAUGCAUCGAGUGGAAUGGUACGAAAAGGACCAAUUCGAGCUCCGGCAAAUUUAAGGGCAACUGUUCGGUGGGAUUAUCAACCAGAUAUUUGCAAAGACUUUAAAGAAACUGGAUUUUGCGGCUUCGGAGACAGUUGUAAGUUUCUUCACGAUCGAUCCGACUACAAAUUGGGUUGGCAAUUGGAAAGGGAGGCAGCCGGGGGAGGACAAGAUGAAAGUGAUGAAGACGAUACAAAAUAUGAGAUUGACAGUGACGAGGACAGUCUUCCCUUCAAAUGUUUUAUUUGUCGUAAUAGUUUCAAAAGUCCUAUAGUGACUAAAUGUAAACAUUAUUUCUGCGAAAAGUGCGCUUUAGACCAUUACAAGACUAACAAGAGAUGUUUUAUUUGCAACGUUCCAACAAACGGAGUGUUUAAUCCAGCAAAAGAAUUGAUCGCUAGAGCUCAAAUGGAAGACGUCCCAGAAAAAAAAGUCAAGGCAGAAGUUAAAAGUGAAAGUGAUUCUGAUAAUGAUUCUGAUAAUGGCGCGAAGAAGAAGACGCUUGCAGAAUGGCGUACAAUAGAAUCCUAAUUUGGAGAAUAAGGACCUCAGAUUAAGCAACUUAAUUAAUUUAAAAAUAGUAUUUUGUAUUAGUCUAGAGUUAUGUGUUUCUUUCUUUCCACUAGACGUGGGUUUUAUCCUAAAUUAAUAUUUUUUUAAAUACUAAUAACAGUCUUCGCGGAAAAUAAUGCUUUUUCGUUUGAAAAGUGUAGAAAAGAAUAUAUUAUUUUAUUUUUACAAUAAAUUAUAAUUCAAUGAUA